AUGGCCUCGGAGUGGCUCAUCUUGAAGGCGGACGAGGUGGUCAAGAAGACGGUGAAGGACGACGGGAACUGCUUGCUGCGAGCGUGCUACCGCUGGGGAAGACGGCCACCGCCUUCUCCGGAAGCGGAUGGUCGAGUACGUGCUCGGCCAGACCUGAUGCAGGAGAUCUUCGAGGUGGAGGGCGAUGACUGGCUGGAGAAGCAGAAGAGGAACAAGACGUUCUCGGAUUCGCAGGUAAUGCGGGUCCUGGCGGAGGUAUUGGGUCGGCCGAUCAUCGCGCUGUGCAAAAACAUGCAGACCGGCUUUGUCUACGAUGAGCAGCACUACCCCAGCGACCGGGAGAUGCAUGGACAGUAUCCUAUUUACGUCUACUACGAUGGGUAUAUCCACUAUGACCGGGUGGAUGAGAACUGGCUUUAUGGUCUGCUAGCAUCCAGGGGGCUGUCUGCGGCAGAGUCAGCCCAGGGCUUCGUCAAAGAGGGCGAGUUCGUGAUCCUUGCAGAAGGGAAGAAGGAGGGAGGCAAGAAACGCAAGGGACCGCCUCGCCUCAAGAGCCGCAAGGAAAUCGAGCCUGACGGCUUGGUGGCUGCAGAUGGUGAUGAUGCCCACGUGGAGGAGGCAAAGUAUAUUGACCCGCGCACGCAGUUGGCGGGGAACUUGAGUAGCCGCCGCUACCGGGCUUGGGAUGGUGCUGUUCCACUUCGGGAUCCAAGCCUGUCGGACUCCGUGGCGGAGUCGUACUUUGACCGCUUCCUCGGCCUGGUUCAAUUCGUAGAUGACUUCAAUGAGGGUCAGGUCCUCGAGUCCGUGUGGGAUUACUUUGCCCUCGAGAACGUAAGAGCUUGGCUUUACUGGUUCCUCGAGAACCCGAGACAGAUCAAAGCGACUGGCAUCCAGAAGGCUUAUACGCCCUCGUAUCUGAACUCCUUGGUCCGCACUUUGCGGGCUUUGGGGAAAUGUUUCGUUGGAGAUCCGGAAACGGAUGAGGACGCGGCAGAAUGGUUCAAAGGCCUGAAGCUGCUCCUUCAGAAGGUCGUUUCGGAGCUCAAGAGAUCUCCGAAACUCCGCGACGGCAUGGUCGUGGAGGACGAGGCUGAGGCCGAUGCCGAGGGGGCAUUGGUCUUCCUGGCCAAGGAGAAGCAAAGCCUGGUGUUUCAGGGCGCCUAUGGCGAGCUGGCAGACAUCUGGAGCGUCGGGGUCAUUACCUACGAGGCACUGUAUGGCUACCGGCCCUUCAACGAUGCCAACAUCGACCGCGUCGAGGAGAUGGUUAGAAACUGGCAAAGGUACCUUUUGUUCCCCUUCGAUGCAGCAGAGCUGCCGACGAACUUCAUCCGCCUUAUGCUUGCCGAUCCUCAGGAUCGUUCAAGUGCGAGCUCUGUUCGAAGCCACCGAUGGCUUCGAUCUGCAGGUCACAUAGACAGCGAGCUACCUGCCACGGGGUCUGCUCUCGGCUUCCGCCACCAGGGCGCUCGAGUAGACAGCAAGUUCACCCCGGUGCACAGCCCACGCUACGAGGUGGUCGAGGCUUUUCCUGACAGCUUUGGCAUGCAGAUGACACAGCUCGGGACCCGUAUCGUGAUUGUAUUGCCCAUCUUGGCUGGUCCUAUGUGA